GCUGCUCUCUUUGGCAAACACAACCUAUUUCGCAGCGGCAGUAUGUGCUUCGUAUUAUCGUGCUAUCUCAACAUGGGCAACAGGUAGACAGACAGAGAGUAUGGGGUAGCAUGGAUCAACUGGCCGAAUGUUACAAGUGCGCUCUGCAUAUUCAACCCUGCCGCCACAAAUACAGGGGUCAAUUGACCAAAUCGAGAGGCAUACAGAUCCCAGGCCUUCUAUCAACGCAUUCUGAGCGCAGGGCUUCCAGUUGGGUUCCUAUUGGGCACGCACAAAAGACGCCGCGACGUGUUAGAAACCAAGGUUCUCCAUUUGUCUUUUCCGUCAUGUAUGCGAAGACAAAACGGCAUCUAGCGCGCCCUUUUCCUGUUGCCGGGGCUAGAAAAAACAAGAUGUCGAGCACCAGGCCCUUUUUUUCCCACCGGAAACUAAGACAAGUUAUCCCCAUAAUAGCUUGUACUACCUUUUUAUUAGCAGUAGUACGAGGAAUAGGUUAGUACUCUGUCAUCGAAUCGUCCAAAGCAGUACCCCGUAGUAUACACCACAAUAGAAGGGAGUCGAAUGUGAUAGGGCCACGUGGUUAUGGGAACGACAAGACAAGACAUGACACUAUCAUGAACAAACCAGCGCAGGGCAUGGUAUCACAGGGUACUUUGCUAGCACAAUCUGUUUUGGAUGUCUGGAGAAGGCCAGCGAGAGCAUCCAUGCUUCGCGAAUGCGUCCUAGACGAAAUGAGACGAGCGUCAAUCGUA